AUGGAUUACUUAUAUUAAAAUGAGAAAAUAAAAAAAUAAAGAACAGAAUAAUAUAUCCACUUGUUCUUUUUAGUAGCUUGUAUUGCAAUAUGGAUUUAUUACUAUAAAAUUUAUAGUUUUACAGUUAUUUUAUUGAAUAGCUAAUUCCUUCCAUACUUUACUAUUGGCCAAUUUUCAUUUGGAUGUCUAGUUUUAUUCUUAUAUUUGUUUACCAGAAAUAAACCAAGAUUUAUUAAGUUAUAUUCAUUUCUAUCUGUUAUUUCUCUGAUAUUAAUACUCCUAGGUAUUCUAGUGAUUUUUGGGUUAUGGAUUAUGCAUCCAGAUAUAUUUUAAGAAGAAAAUCAUCCUACAAACUAUUUAUUAUGCACUACAGAAUUAGUGCAAUUAUUUACUUAUUUUCUAGUAUAAACUACACAUAAAACACUGAAAUUGAUGAUAUAAAUAGAAUUCUUUGAGCAAUACAUCCAUUUAUUAUUAUAACACAACCUAGUCUUAGAAGGUGAAACAAACCUAUAAGCAGAGAGAAAAAAUAUAAGAGUUAAUAGUGUAAGUCAUAGCUAAAUGAAUAUGAUUUUUGGAAAUUAAUGUACAAUUUGUAAUGAAGAUACUGAUAUAGAAUAAAAAGCUGUAUAACUUGAAUGUAUGCAUGUAUUCCAUAGCGAAUGCAUCCGCAAAUGGUUAGAAAAUUCAUAAAUAUGCCCAAAUUGCAGAAGAGAAGUUGAAGGGUAGUGA